AUGGAAUUUCCAUCCAGAAGAAUUACUGAUAUUCUUGCAGAUAGCUAAAAUACUACUUUCGUCUUCUUUGUUAAAGCAUCGAAAGAUAAUAGAUGGACUGUAAAGGAGUAGUUGAUAGUUGUCACAGAUUUUGAAAUUGAGGAACAAUUCGUUUUAAAUAAAGAAAUCCCUCAAAACGCCGUCAAUCUUAAUGAUGAAAUAACUAUUUUAAUAAGAAAUAAUUAAAAAUAUGCUUUCAUAAUGCAAGAAUUCAAGAUCUUGGCAUCUAUUAAAACUACAGGCUAAACUUUAAAGUUUAGGCUCACAGGAUUAACAACCAAUUACAAUAGUCCUGUGUACAUAUAUCUAGUCCCAGGAAAUGAAUCUAUAGCAUUUCAGCUAAACAUUCCUCCUUCAGAUGUUUAAUUUCAUAUAGAUCCUCUCGUAGGUGAAUCUUUAGAUUACUUUAACUAUUCUAUACACAACUUACAACCUGAUAAUACAUUUAGCAUUUAUUACUAUUUUGACAAGCUUACUCUUUAAAAUGAUGUAAACUUAUAAUCAGUCAAUAAAGGUAUCCCAUUGGUGAUUAAUUCACAAGUAUUGACAGGUUCUUUCUAGCUUCCAAACGGAAUUAUUGAUGAUGCAAUAUCCAUUCUUUGUUAAAUUGAAUCAGCAAAGGGAUCAAAGUCCUAUUUAGUAUAAGAUAUUCAAGUCAAUAGAAAAAAUUAUCAGACUAAUAAAUUAUUCUAAUCCUUUAAUAAUCAAACUAAUUUUUCAAAUUUGCAAAGCAUUCAUACGAUGAUUAAACUUAUGGAAAUUGAAUAAUAAUAGGUCUGCUUGAAACAAUGCUCAGGUGUUGGUACAUGCAUUGACAAAAAGUGCAAAUGUCCUCCAGAAUAUUAUUUUGAUGAUUGCAGUGGAACCAUAGAAGAAUACAAUAAUUUUAACAGCCUUAUUUUAAAUGCUUUGCAAUAAUUAAUUAAAAUUCCAAUAAAAUAUGAUGAUGAGUUUAGAUUAUUUAGCUAAUCUUUAUUACAUUUAUCCACUCUAAAAGAUUUAAAUAAUACAAUUACAAAUUCAAAUUGUUAGAAAAUAUUAGAGUAAUACAUUUAAAAUCUUAAUUCAAGAUUAGAAAAAAUCAACCAACAUUCAAUUAAUCUUUAAUAUCAGUCAACCGCAUAUCUGAAUUACUCUCAAAUUGAUAUAAGAUCAUUAGAGAAUUAGAAUGAUUUACACACAGCCUUAAAGAGCACAGUGUUUAUGUGGGCUAAAACUUUAUUUACUGAAGACUCUGCUGUCUAUGAAUUGCAAAGUCGCUUAAAAAGUUUUCUGACAGCAAUAAUAGAGUUGUCUCUAUUUGGUAUUGAACCUAAUGGAUCUAUCGAUUACUCAUUUGAUACUGCCUUUUUAAAAAUGUAAAAAAUUAAUAAUAUAUCCAAUAUCACAAAGGGAAGACUGUUAGUUGAAUCUACUGAAGAUCAUUCCAAAGAUUUAGAAUACUAUGAUGUUGUUUAAGCUAUAUAUAUUCGUAAUUACUUCGCUUUUGAUGGUUACUAUCCAUAUCCCUUAUAAUUAUAUCCACUUUAUGAUUAUUAAAUACGUUAAUAGAAUAGGAAAUAAAAUAUUUAAUUAUAGACAUAUAUCUCCUACAAGUUUAAAGUACUUAAUGAUACUGCAAAUCUUGUUUGUUUAAUGAGAAAUUCUUAAACAUAUGAAUGGUCAAAUGAAAAUUGCACACUUCAUGAAUCAAAUACAUCCUAUUUUUGUAAUUGUACAACGCUUGCUCCAACAACCAUUUGCAAUGAUUAUGGCUACCUUUAUUCAAAUUCUCCUUAGUUCUAAUUGAAUAUCCCCAAUCUGUUAUUUAUUGUUUACUUUUUGUAAUUAAUCAUCUUAGGAAUAUUUUUCAUUAAAGCUAGGAAGCCUUUGGUUAAGUUCUAAAAUUGGUAAAAAGUAAUAAAGUAGGGGUUUUACGAAAAAAAAAUUGUUCCUAAUGAUGAUGAAAAGCUAGUAUUUCAGAUUGAGUCAAAAGAACCUUAAAAUGCAUAAGCACAGGCAGAUAAAAACAAAUUUAGUUUUAAUAACUUUUGGAAAUAUCAUUUUUUAACAUCAAUGAUAUAUAAAAAGAUUUGUUACUUUAGUUCAUUUCAUCGUUCUGUUUUGAUUUUAUUGAGGUGGAAUCAAGCCAUUAUUAUUGGAGAAGUCUUAAGUAUUAAUGGAUUCAAUUAUGAUAUUUCUAUGUGGAUCGUCUUAUCAUCAAUCAUUUUUAGCCGAAUUUUUGAAUACAUUUUCAAAACUUAAGUCAAAUACUUUUUUUAUAUGAAAUAAGUAAUAAUUCUUUUUAUUAUCAAAUUAUUCUUAUUUUUUAUAAUGUUAGGCACAUAGUUAUUUGGAAUAUAUGUCUAUUUAAUGAUCUGGAAUUAAACAAAUUUAAUAAUUUCUUAUACCUUUGCGAUAUUAAUUGAUUUUCUAUUUUUAGAUAUCAUCUAAUUUAGUUCCAAUAAAUUUUUUGGAUAAGAGAAGAAAAAAUUAAUCAGAAAGAAACUUAGAGAAUUUUAAUUUAUAGCGAAGGCAUAGAGCAUCAAUUGA